AUGAGUUCGCAAUCCAGCGUCACUGCACCGGAUACCGUGUAUUCCUUGGAAGAACAAGUCGAUAUCCUUAAUCUCGUAAAUCCUUCAUCUAUUGAGGAAUACUCGGAGCAUCUCUACAAGAUAGCUAAGAUCUUGUACGAGGACAACCUUGACCAGAAGCUUCCCAUAUUGUUCAAGAAGUUACAGGACAAGUACUAUUCCUUGAUGGACCAACUUGACAACUUUGUAGACUCGGAAGACCCCAUCCACUCCAAAGUGUAUGUAAUCGUAGAGAGAAAUUUCGACCUUUUCAUAAAGAUCUCAACAAACCACAAGAACGUCGAGCUUUCGACAAGGACCAUUCGCUUUUUAACCAACAUAAUUAUGAGCUUGAACUACUGGGAAGUUUACAAUCUCUUGUCCUGGAAGCCAGUUAUAUAUCAUUUCUUGUCUGUUAUUCAAUUUGACAUGAACGACUGCUACAACAAAUUCAUCAGUGACUAUGCCAAAUACAACUACAAAAGAUUGACCCAGCCACAGCCAAUGUCGCACAAGUCUAGAAACCGAAGAAGACUUAAGAGAAGAAGAAAGUACAGUGGCAAGCUUGGAUCUCCAGGGUCAGAAAAUGGAGUUAAUGACGAUGGAUCUCUUUCUCCAAACCCAUACUACUACGUAAGCUCCGACACAACUGGCCGUGGCAGUUUGAGAGGUAUGAGUAAAGAAAGAAGAAACAGAAUGAUGAGAGCUGAAAACAAGCGUAAUUCCCAUCGGGCUAUUAAGAAACCAUCCAAUACCAAGCCUUCCAACAAGUCGUCAAAUUAUGAUCCUGAUGUUGUUCAUGAAUGUCAAUUGCCAUCGCCAGAUGAACCUCAUAAGCUUUGCUUACGUCGUUUCUCAAGAAAAUAUGAAUUAAUAAGACAUCAGGAAACUGUGCAUUCUAAGAAGAAGAAACUUUUCAAAUGCUUUGUUUGUGUAAAACAACACCCUGGAGUUGGCCCAAGAAUAUUUACCCGCCACGACACCUUGGCCAAACAUAUUCGUGUUAACCACAAGAUUUCUGGUAAGGAAGCCAAGGCAGAAGUUGCAUAUUCGAAGAAACAUGCCGAGGUUGUUGAAGAAGGUGAUAUUACAGUCCAUGUCGGACGCAGAAAGACCAAGGUUGACUUUGAAUUGCGCGCUCAUAUGGAGAAACGAAAGGCAGAAAAGGAUGAAAUGGAUGAUUCCGGUUAUUUGGUUCAUAGCGAUUUCGACUCUGGAGACGAAGAAGUUACAUUCAAUACGUAGUUUGCAUUCGGCCAUCGAACAUUCAAUUCUUUAUUGAUUUUAUAGUAUCAUCAAACGCAUAUAUACAUGGAAGUAUGAUUCAAUGUUUUAAUAGUUUACAUUUAUAAUACAAAUAGGACUACCA